UCCCCUGGUAAAACCCUAGCUGUCUUUCUGAGCAAUUCUCUGGACAAUACCGGAAACACGGCUUCUCGUCUCACAUAGACACAUUAGGGUUUCCUCCCCCCAAUUGUAGAGGUCUCCAGGGUUUUAGGGUUUGAGAAGUACAAACUUCAAAGGCUCCACAACUAAGAAUUAGCUUCCCGCGUAAUUUCUGGUGAACAGUUUUGACAGAAUGUAUCUUCAGUUCUACAUAAACGAGAAGGGUGACAAAGUUUACACUACUAAGAAAGAAUCACCACUUGGAUUGGCUACACAAUCUGCUCAUCCAGCUCGAUUCUCUCCUGAUGACAAAUUUUCAAGACACAGAGUUCUUCUAAAGAAACGCUUUGGACUGCUGCCAACUCAAAAGCCGCUCCCGAAAUAUUAGGCACUUAACAGGCUUCAUGCUUAUUACUAUGUAGCUGUUCGAAGUAAUUGCAAUACUAAGUAUGGUGCACCAUGCUAGCAGUAAAUCUUUGAAUGCUGAAAUUGUACUACGUAUGGAAUGCUGAAAAUUUGAACUAUAUGAGAGAGACUUCUGGGUGAGAAUUUGUUUCA